AUGAGGGGGGCAAAUGUCUUCAGCUAUGGAGUCGCCAUAUGUACAACGUGGAAUCAAUUAGCGACAGCAGUGUCAUUAGACAUCACAUCAGAUUCCUCAAUCAAAUCCGCCGCAAGCACAAUAUCCUAUGGCCUUAUGAAAUACUAUACAGGAAACAAUACGGGCGACAAUCCCGGGAACCUUCCCGAUCCGUACUACUGGUGGGAAGCUGGAGCAAUGUUCGGUACUAUGGUAGAAUACUGGUAUUACACAUCUGAUACAACCUACAAUUCGGUAGUACAAGCCGCAUUACUAUCUCAAGUCGGCGAGGAUUCGGAUUUUAUGCCUACCAAUCAGACCAAGACUGAGGGAAACGAUGAUCAAGGAUUCUGGGGAAUGGCAGCUAUGAGCGCAGCAGAGAUGAAAUUUGACGACCCUCCCGCCGGUGAGCCUGGAUGGUUAGCCCUCGCGCAAGGAGUAUUCAACGAUAUGGCGAGCCGCUGGGAUGACAGUACCUGUGGUGGAGGAUUGCGAUGGCAAAUCUUUACAUUUAAUUCGGGUUAUACCUACAAAAAUGCCAUCGCCAACGGAUGUUUCUUCAACAUCGCAGCCAGACUGGCGGUCUACACGGGGAAUCAGACCUAUGCAGAUUGGGCAACCAAAACAUACGACUGGAUGGACUCCGUAGGCCUCAUCGGCGAUGCCUACGAAAUCUACGACGGUAGCAGCGACACCGAGAACUGCACAGUUAUAGAUCACGGUCGCUUUUCCUACAACCAAGGCAUCUACCUCUUUGGCGCCGCCAUGAUGUAUAACUACACAAACGCAUCCACCAUCUGGCAACCUCGUGUCGCCGGUCUCCUCAACGCCACAUCCGCCUUCUUCUCUUCCACCAAAAUCAUGUACGAGCUCUGCGAGCCCGCGCAAACCGACCAUCCCACAGGAACCUGCGACACUGACCAACGCUCCUUCAAAGCCUACCUCUCCCGCUGGAUGGCCGGCACCGCCAAAAUCGCGCCCUUCACCCACGACACCGUGAUGUCGUACCUACGUCCCUCCGCCGAGGCAGCAGCAGCGCAAUGCGACGGCGGCACGGACGGCGUGACGUGUGGCGAGCACUGGACGGCGGGGAGUACCUGGGACGGGCUGUAUGGUGUGGGAGAGCAGAUGUCGGCGUUGAGUGUUAUACAGAGUCUGUUGAUUGAUGAGGCGCCGGCGCUGGUGACGAAUAUGACGGGUGGAACGAGUGCCGGGAAUAGUGCGGCGGGGAGUGGGAGUGAUGAUUCGAGUGCUGGGACGAUUACGCCGGCGACGAGUGCGGAUCGCGCGGGUGCUGGGGUGUUGACGGCGAUUAUGGUUUGUGGUGUGCUUGGGGGUGUGGGGUUUAUGAUUUCUGGAUAG